AACACUACACAUAUCGCGAGUUUCCCUUCAUUUCUCGUGAUUUACGGGUGGUGUGUGUGUCGGGGCGGGUGACAGCUGGACACACGCCUCCAUAAGUGUCUCAGGGACCAGUGCGGGGAGUACAGUGAUUAGUUUAAGCCUCUAACGGGGAGAAAUAACAGGGAAAUAUGAUUCAUCGGUCUACCUCACUCCAGCAAAACACGUGCAGCCUUACCUGGGGAUGCGUGGGCGGGUCAGGGGACGACGGGGGGGUGUGCUGAGACCCAGGUGAACACCCACCCCUCACACACACAGAUUCGAGGAAGUAGUUGAGAAGACACCAAACACACGCAACACAAUGGUGGAGCAGGACACAGGCAGGAGGGAAGGACGGGGAAGCUGACGGCUGUGGCGUAGAGAGAGAGAGAGAGAGAGAGAGAGAGAGAGAGAGAGAGAGUGAGAGAGUGAGAGAGAUGGAUUCUAUCAAGGUAGUCACAGCACACAAGCUAUCCAUGUUGGUACGAAGUGAGAAGGCUCUGAUCAUUGACAGUCGAACCUUUUGUGAAUUCAACACCUCUCAUAUUCUGAACUCCGUCAACGUGUGGUCUUCUAAAAUACGCAAAAAACGACUACAGCAAGAUUCGAUUUCCGUGCAUGACUACCUAGCGCAGGCGUGUCACGUGAGCGAGGUGGCUGGUGGCGUGGACAUCAUCGUGUACGACCACAGCGCCCCCUCCCUGUCUGCCGUGCCUCAAGACUCCUUCCUGCACGUACUUCUCAAUAAACUCGGCAAAGCUUUCCCUGCCGUCUUCCUGCUGGCCGGGGGUUUUCUGGAGUUCCAAGCGCGUUACCCAGAGCUGUGUGAGGACUCCAGUAAGAAGGGCACGCCGCUCACCACACAGUCCCAGCCAUGCAUGCCCGUAGCCAACAUUGGGCCCACGCGAAUUCUGCCCUUCCUUUACCUUGGCUCGCAAAAUGAUGCCAAUAACAAACAACUUCUCCAGGGGUACAACAUCCUGUAUGAGCUGAAUGUGAGCAUCACCUGCCCCAAGCCAGACUUUGUUCAGGACUCACACUUCAUGAGGAUCCCCGUCAAUGACAACUUCAGUGAGAAACUUCUGCCUUACUUCAACGAUGCCUUCAACUUUAUUGACAAGGUGCGUGAGGGCGGCGGGUGUGUGUUGGUGCACUGCCUGGCGGGGGUGUCACGCUCCGCCACUGUUGCCAUCGCCUAUGUCAUGAAGCACCUUUCACUGUCAUUCGAGGAGGCCUACAUGUAUGUGAAGAGUCGCCGGCCGACCAUCUCCCCAAACAUCAACUUUGUGGGUCAGCUGGCUGAGCUUGACCGCCAGCUGCGCCGUGACCCCGGGGCGCCCCGUGACCCCGCCUCUGCCCCAAUCCUCCUGCGCCCACCUGCCUCGCCUGCCUCCCCUGUCCCAGCAGCGCCGGCCAGCCCCUCCUCGCCGGACCGCCCCAUGGGGAAGUCCCUGAGCCUCAACCUGCGGUCCUCCCUGGAGUCCCACAGCCUGCUGUCCCGCUCCCCCACCGACCUGUCCCCCUCCACUGCCCUGGCCCGCCUCACCUUCCCUCCCUCAACCCCGCCUCGCUCACCCCGCUCCCCGGUGUUCACCCUGCGGCACGGCUGUAGCUCCCCCAUCACAAGCCCCACUCCCACCCCCACCCCAUGCCCCUUCUUCCGGGGCCGGCUGGGAUCCCUGGGCAGCGCGGCCAAGGGGGAGGCCUGUACCCCCACCCCAGGGGAGGAUGGUGCCAGGGAGGCCAGCAGCAGCAGCAGCAGCAGCAGCAGGGUACCACCAAGACAGAAGCCAGGCCCGCUGUGUCCUCUGCAUCCCCCGCCCCACCCCCCGCAGCGCCCCGGCCCCCAGGUGUCGGUGUGUGUAAUAGAGGUGCAGGGCGGCAGUGAGGUGCGGUACUUGCGGCGGGAACCCAUGGUGGUGCACGAGACACCCGUGGAGGCCAUGCCCCUCAGACCGCCCCCUGCCGCCCGCUGCCACCUGCAAGUGGAAGUGACGCCCCGCACCACCUCUACCACCGCCACCACCACCACCACCACCACACCUGUCACACCAGUACCCCCACCCCACCACACCUCUGCCCCCACCCCUCACCCCAGCACCCACAGCACCCACCACACCACAACCCCCACCCCUACCCCACCCACACCCAUCAUCCCAACACCCACACCCCUCACCCCCGUCACCCCCACCACACCUGCGGUCCGGCCAGAGUGUGGUCGGCCCAGGGAGGUGACGGUGCCCAUCAGGAGGGAGGUGCCCCUGGCCACCACCACUGCUGCCUCGCCUCGUCCUGCCGCUCCCCCCACUCCCACUGGCGGUGUGUGGGCCCCAGACAGCCCUCACGAGGCAGCAGUGGCUGGCCCCGCCCCCGCACGGCCCGCCUCUCCCGCAGGGUCUGGGGUGCAGCAGAGUGACUCGGGCAUCCUGGUGGUGGGGGGGCCCCGGCUGCCCCGCUGCCACUCCUCCUCCGAGACACACCUCAGUGAGCGGCGGCUGUUGGAGCACCGGCCGCCGGACUUCUCAGCCCGCAAGUGUUCCAGCUAUGAUGAGGUGGGCCGUGCCUGGCCGCCGCUGUGCUGUGGCCCCGCUGUACCGCCACCACCGCACCACCGGCCCUUUGAGCUGGUGCGCAGCGACAGUGUCUCCACCAGCGGCUUUGGCUCAGAGAUCUCUGACUCAGACUUCUUGGGGGAGGACGGCCCCGCCCCACCAGAUGAUCCCCUGGGACCCUUCCAGGCCGUGUUUGCCGACGUGUUCCCCGGCGAGGGACCGCUGCCCCCCCUACAGCCCCGCCGCCACACCGGUCCCCUAACCAACGUGCCACGAGCCCCGCGCCCCGCCAGCCUGCCGGGCGUCACCGGCACCUACUUCACCCACCUGCAGAAUCCACAGAGCGACGCCAGCCUGGACAUGGGGGUGGAGCUGGACCGUGACGAGGAGGAGGAGGAAGAUGAGGAGGAAGAGAAGGGCGUGGAGCUGCGAAGAGGAGGGAGGAGGGGGAGGAGAGGAGUGGAGAAGAAGGACUCUGGGUAUUACUCCUUCCUGACCGAACACCCCCCAGUCAACACCAAGACUAUGGGGGAGGGGGUGCGCCAUACCUCAAACUUACCAAGGAGAGAGAGACCUAACAACUUGCAACUAAACACCGCCGCCACCACUAGAGGGACGAGUGUGGAGGAGAAAGAAGAGAAGAGGAGGAGUUGUGAGAUUGAAGGAGGAGGAGGAGGUGGUGGAGCUGGAGGAGGUGGAGGAGGAGGAGGUGGAGGAGGAGGAGGAUGGUCUUCUUCCGUUUGUGGUGGUUCUUCUCUCAGUUUGGGGACAGGUGCGGUGACGGCGGCGCGGCAGCUGGUGCGCGGUGUGGAGCAGCUGCUGGACGCCGAGAUGGCAGACUUGCGGCGCCGCACGGCCGCAGCGUCCUCCCGCAUCAGACUCCUGGGGCGGACUGAAGACCUGCCCCGACCCGCGCCCAGCCCCGCGGCACCCACGCCCGCACCCUCACCCGCCAUCCUGGAGAAGGACGGCCAUGCCCGGCUCAAGCCGCCACGGGCAGCGCGGACGGGUCCGGGGGAGGGCGGCCGCGCCCGCAGCGAGCCGCCGCUGGCCGCCGAGGAGGGUUUGUACCGCGCCCGCUCCUGCCCGGGUUUGCCCCGUACCGCAGGCGCCCGGGAGGAGGCAGGGCCUCUGCCAGACGUGCAGUUGGUGCGCCUGCGUGGGCCGCGGGGUGAGGCGCCCCGGGCCCCGCCGCUCAACCGGUACUCCUGUGGGGCGCUGGACGGGCCGCCGCCCCCCGCCGCUGCCGCUGCUGCUGCCACCUUUGAGUCGUGCCCAGACUUUGGCAGCCUGAGGCAGUGUGUGCGGCGCGGCGACUCCCACCACUCCUCCUCCUCCUCCAUCUCCUCCACCCACUCCUUCACCAGGCUGCUGCAGGUGUCCUGAGCCAGCCCCACGCCCACACCCCCAUCCUGAAACAUCCCCAACCCCGGUGUGCCCCGUCGCCGCCACCACCAGCACCGCCAUCACCACCAUCACCACCACCAUCAGUAGCACACCAGCGCAGCCCCGGCCUGUACAUACUUAGGAAUACUGGACGACUUAAGUUAUUCACCGCAGGGAAGGAAGGAAGCAAGGACAGACACACGCACGCACGGGAGUGUACAUAGUGAUGAUGGUGACCACGACGUGUGAUGUUGGGGCUGCACACACACACACACACACACACACACACACACACACACACACACACACACACACACACACACACACACACACACACACGGCAUAACGUUUUGUGUACUUAAUCUUAAAGAGAGCAUGAGUGAGACAAAGAUUGGACACACACACACACACACACACACACACACACACACACACACACACACACACACACACACACACACACACACACACACACACGUGACCAUGAACUCCUUGGUGGUGUGCUUAAUUGACUACUAUGAAGUAAUAAUAGUAAUAAUUUUGUCAAUACUUAUAUAUAUUUAUGAGAAGUUAUUUAUAUGAUCAACAACUGUGUGUGUGUGUGUGUGUGUGUGUGUGUGUGUGUGUGUGUGUGUGUGUGUGUGUGUGUGUGUGUGUGUGCGUGUGUAUGCGUGUGUGUAAUUAAGUUAAUAAGACCUAACUAUUUCUUCUCUUUCUCUCUUUCUGAAUUACUAGUGGCGUUAAUUAACAGUCUGUGCUUUUUUCAUUUAAUUUUUAACGUUAUUUUUCUUAAUUUGCAAAGGAAAAGAAGAAAAGCAAAGAAUUUAUUUUGUUUUCAUGGAGUUGUGAAUGCUACUCUUAUUUUUCAUAUAAUUUUAAACAUUUUUCUUAAUUGUGUAAAGGAAAAGAAGAUGAAAAGCAAAGAACAGGUUUUUUUUUCGUGGAGUUGUGAAUGCUACUCUGCUUUUUCUUAUAUAAUUUUUAACUUCUCUUUAUUCUUAAUUGUGCAAAGAAAAAAGAAGAAAGAAAGCAAAGAACAUAUUUUUUUCGUGGAGUUGUAAAUGCUUCUCUUCUUUUUUAUAUAUAUAUAUUUUUUACGUUUAUUUUCUUUUCUUUUUUUCUUAAUUAUGCAAAGGAAAAAGAAAGAAAGCAAAGAACAAUUUUUUUCAUGGAGUUGUGAAUGCUACUCUUUAUUUUUGUAGAUACGAGAAAUAUUAAAAGGAAAGAAUGCGAUUUUUUUUCCUGCAGUUGUGAAUUUCGAGUUCUUAUUUUUGUUAUGGGGAAGAAAA